AUGAUAGCGUGGUCCCUAGUGGCUACGUUGCAAUGCAAAAUGACAGGGAAGAGUUCUUUCUAUACAUGUAGAGCACUUAUGGGCCUAUUUGAAGGUGGUUUUGUGGCUGAUUUGGUUCUCUGGAUGUCGUACUUCUACAGCUCUUCAGAAUUGUCAAUAAGACUGUCGUUCUUCUGGGUGACACUAUCUCUAACACAAAUCAUCACUUCAAUUGUGGCCUUCGGGGUUUUUCACAUGAGAGGGAUAGGUGGCAUGGCAGGGUGGCAAUGGCUUUUUUUGAUAGAAAGAAUUUUCACUUUAGUCAUCGGUAUCAGUGCAUACUUCUUGAUGGUACCCUCCGUAGUUCAAACGAAGAAACCUUGGAGCAAGAAAGGAUGGUUCACUGAGAGGGAAGAAAAAAUCAUCGUAAACAAGAUUCUGAGAGAUGAUCCGACAAAAGGGGAUAUGAACAAUAGGCAAGGUAUGUCACUUAAAAUGUUAUGGCAGGGGAUAACAGAUUACUAUAUAUAG